CUAAUUAGUGGUUUGAUUAACUCUUACCUUCUUACCUCACAUGUAAAAAGAGGGGGUAAGAGGGAGCAUGUUAAAAUUUGCCCUACGGAAUAACUAGUUUUGUAUACCGUACAUAUCCCCUCUGCGGAUUGUUGUAGGGAUUCAGCGAAGUUGGAAAAGGAAGACAUAGCUUUCUUGCAGAUUCUUCAAUGCAUCCAUCUCCUAUCGACUUAUGAAGAUGUCGUGCAGUUACACCUUUCAGCAGGUGGUGAAUCUAUACAGGGGUGUCGUGGUGAAGAAGUUGGUUUCAAUAAGCCGGAAGGCUUGUUAUUACCCGUGAAUGAAAGAUUGUGUUCGACCAGGACAGAGAUGGCGAUCGAAUGAACAAUACCAUGUUUAUGCCCUGAGGAAACAAUGCCUACUUCUCUCUGAGGCUCUGAAUUUCUGCCCAUCAACUACAUAACUUAUGUAGGAAAACAAAAAAGAAUGGAAAAAGAAAAAAGAGCACUUGAUGAGUGGACCAUCUAUGGAGCAGACUGGGGGUCUGGAGCAAGGCACAUAUCUGAAAGCCUUGUUGAGUGGAAUGUUUGGCAAAAACCAUUAGUGAAAGCACAUCGUUACCAUUUGUCAUCAUUGAUUAGUCAAAAUAGGUUGCUUGACCCUGCUUGGACUUGUCUGCCUAGACAGAUAACUGUCCUAAUCAACUAACAGGUUGCUCUCGCGUGUCUAAACAAAACCAACCACCACUACUGGAGAACUGCAGGAACAGCGAGUAUAGCAUGGAGAUGAGAGCAACGUGAAGCUUCUUUGCUUGAGAUAGAUUGUGCUUACACGUGAAGAAAAUGAACUGCAAGUCUUCUAUCUCUCUCCUAUUUGCUGCACUGAUCCCCUACAUGUUCCUAGUAUUUGAUGCAAGUCAAGCUGCAGUUCCAACGGAUACCCUUCUUCCUGGCCAAUCUAUCUCGGGCAGCGAAAUCUUGGUCUCCGAAAAUGGUGUAUUUGAGUUGGGGUUCUUCUCCACAUCCCCAGGUGCCAUGAAGCACUACUUGGGCAUACAGUACAAGAACCUGAUAGGCAGCCACCGAGCUAUGUUCUGGCUGGGGAACAGAAUCCCUAUCACCAGCUUCCUCAGCACAACGUUGUACCUUGCCGCAGGUGAAUUAUAUAUUGAGGAGCUUGGUUCUGUUCUCUGGACCUCGGGUUCAGCAACAAAUGGAUCAGCCAGAUCUGUGGCGGUUCUCCUUAACACCGGGAAUUUUGUUGUGAGAGAUCAGAUCAACCACUCUAAGGUCGUAUGGCAGAGCUUUGAUCAUCCAGCUGAUGCUCUGCUACCUGGAGCAUGGCUAGGAUUGGACGUGGCCACCGGAGCACACAUCUCGCUUACUUUAUCCAAGCCUCCUUACCAUUGCACCCUCGUGAUUGACCAGAGUAGGAAGAUGGGAUUUGUCAUGUCCAUUGAUGGGCAUGACCAUCUUGGUACCUUUCCGGACGGGAUGGUAACAUACGAAGAAGGCAGUUUGGUCCGGCUAAAUUAUCCAGAGAACCCAAAUGAUAUCCAAUUCAUGAGGCUGCAUAUGGGGCAAGUCAGUCUGCUGAGGUGGGUAAAUAAUGCGACGAUUACUGGUUGGCAACCUCUGUGGAGCUAUCCCUCCAGCUGCAAAAUCAGUGCUUUCUAUUGCGGCGCAUUCAGUGCUUGCACAAGCGCAGGAACAUGCGCGUGCAUUGAUGGUUUCAGACCAAGUGAUCCAGAUGAAUGGAGGCUUGGGCAAUUUGUUAGCGGCUGCUCUAGAAUAAUACCCUCAGAUUGCGAAGACGGCAUCUCCACCGACUCGUUUGUUUUGUUAGACAACGUGCAAGGCCUUCCUGCCAACCCUCAAGAUACAAGGGAAGAAACUAGUGAAGACUGUCAAGUGGCCUGUCUGAACCAAUGCUAUUGCGUCGCAUAUUCCUAUGAUCUCUCUGGAUGCAAGAUAUGGUAUGAUGUGUUACUUAAUUUGACUUUUGGAAAUAGUGCCAUUCACCACGCCAAGAUUUCCAUGCGUAUAGCUCAUGGUAAAAGGCAGCAAGGACGCAUACAGCAUGUCAUGUUGGUUAUUGGUCCAAUAGUUGUUGGUCUUCUUAUCAUGCUGGUGAUUUUCUGGGUGUACAAGAUAUCUUCAAGACAGACUAAAGUGGAUGAUUUUCUUGCUGUUUACACUUAUACACAGCUCAAGAGAGCCACAAGAAAUUUCUCUGACAAACUCGGCGAAGGAGGCUUUGGAAGUGUAUUCAAGGGAACAGUUGCAGGUCCAACUGCCGUAGCCGUGAAGAAGCUUAAAAGCUUCGGGCACAGAGAUAAGCAAUUCCGAGCAGAAGUACAAACUCUUGGGCUGAUUCAACACACCAAUCUUGUGCGCCUUUUCGGAUUCUGCAGCGAAGGGGCCAGAAGGUUGCUGGUCUACGAGUAUAUGCCAAAUGGCUCUUUGGAUUCUCAUCUCUUUUCAUCGGGAACAAGCGUUUUGAGUUGGAGUCUUCGCCGUCGCAUUGCCAUUGGCAUUGCUAAAGGUCUUUCCUAUCUGCAUGAAGAGUGCAGGGACUGCAUCAUACACUGCGACAUCAAGCCCGAGAACAUACUACUGGAUGCUGAAUUCUGCCCCAAAAUCGCAGAUUUUGGCAUGGCCAAGCUUCUCGGACGGGACAUGAGCACGGCGCUGACUACUCUCCGUGGAACCAUCGGCUAUCUCGCACCGGAGUGGGUGUAUGGUCAGCCUAUCACUCACAAGGCAGAUGUCUACAGCUUUGUUGUUGUGCUCCUCGAAUUGUUCUCCGGGAGGAGGGCUACCGGGAAUGGAAAUCAUCAGUACUUCCCCCUUUAUGCUGCAGCUAAGGUGAACGAAGGAGAUGUCUUGUGCUUGCUCGAUGGCCGGCUACGAGGAGAAGGCAAUGCAAAGGAGCUGGAUGUUGCCUGUAGGGUUGCUUGCUGGUGCAUCCAGGAUGAUGAGAUCCACAGGCCAUCAAUGGGGCAAGUUGUACGCAUGCUGGAAGGUGCCGUUGACGUUGAGUUGCCUCCGAUUCCGACUUCAUUUCAGAACAUUAUGGACGAGGGCGACAGUGGUACAUAUUCUGCAGAAGUGUGAUCUGAGUACGGGUAGAUGUCGCCAUAUACUAUAUGACUACCCUGAGAAUUAAAGUUGCAUUUGCAUCCGGCUAUAGUAUUUAUGAUCAGAGGCAUACUUGUAUUUGUCAUACAAUUGUGAUAGAGAUUUAGUUGUAUUGUACUAUGCCCAAUUUAUCGUCCUAGUUAUAUCUGGACAAACAGUGCUGCCAUAUUUUAUAAAUAGGAUAUAGAUUCAGUUUGA